UUAUAGAUAGAUAGAUGGAUAGAUAGAGCCUGUGUGUGAAGGCUCAUAUAGCCUGCAGUCAUAACACUAGUCAGUGAUGUUUCACGCCUGAACUCACUGCUGUUAGCUAACAUGACAGUAAUGAGCUCAUCUCAGCGAUGUUUGAGCCGAAGAUCAGUGCUCAGGAAUCAGCCACACAUAUCCACGAUUAGCGACACUGACCCAGAACGACAUAUUAGAGAUAAGAGCUCAUAUUAGAGACAGGACAGGACAGGACAGGACAGGUCAGAAGGAUCGGGGGCGGAGUCUCGUCACUGUUUCCCGCAGAUAAAUGACUGCGUUCAUCAUUUAAGAAUCAUCACAGCAUCCAAAUCAGGACCCAAGACACCGACUCAGCUGAGAGGAUUUUAUAUGCUUGAGAUGAAAAUGGGUCCAGAGGAAAGCGCGUGUUUCCAGAGCAGCAUCAGCAUCUCUCGAGCCGUGCCUGCAGGAGCUGUGCUCGGACCAUGUGCUCUGACACACACCUCCCUCUGCGACAGCAUCGCCUUCAUCGCCUGCAAGAGCUCGGACAGACGAGAGACCGCCCGUGUGCUGCAGAUGGACCCAUCAGCGUCAAGCAAAUAUCUGCAGAUGAUUCAGUCAGCCAGAAAUACAGAGGAGCAAAAUCUAGAGGCGUAUAUGAAGAACGGACAUCUGGUUUUCAGAGCCAUAAAGGAUAUUCCUGAAAACACAGAGCUUUUAGUUUGGUAUGGGAGAGAUCUUGCCAAACUGCUUGGCCUCGGCACAGAGCAAAAGAACACAAAAGGUUUGAAUGCAUUACAUAUUUAUGACACAUGA